CUUACUUUCGUCGCUAACUUCCGAGAGGUGAUUUUCUGGCAACCCUGCUACAAAAUCUAUUGGUGACAGAAUAAUUUCAUAAACAGUAUUAUACUGUAGACAGUAUUAUUGAUUUUAUAUAUGAAUGUCUUUUCUAAUGUUAUUGUUUUCAUUCGUUUGUAUUUAUAAUAAAAUGGACGAUAUGAUAUUAAGACUACCGAAUAAUGUUCUUGAAGUAAUAUUUUCAUACUUAGAUUUAGCCAGUCUCAAAAAUUGUUCACUCGUAUGUAAAUCUUGGUACAAAUUUCUAAGCAAUGAAAGUAGUGAAAUUUGGCGAACUCAGUGUUUAAAGAAGUUAGCUGAAGAUGUUAUUAAUUCUGAUUUAUUAGCAUCAGUUCCUACGUAUAAAGAAAAAUUACGUGCAUAUUAUCAUGCUUGGAAUCCUAAUGAUUGCUCCAGAAAUGUUUAUAUCAAACCAAGUGGAUUCACUUUACAUAGAAAUCCUGUCGCACAAAGUACUGAUGGAUGUAGAGGGAAAAUUGGAUUUACUCGAGGUCGUCAUGCCUGGGAGGUAAUGUGGGAAGGACCUUUGGGUACAGUUGCAGUAGUUGGAGUAGCUACUAAAGACGCUGCUCUUAUGUGUCAUGGUUAUGUAGCAUUACUUGGAUCAGAUGAACAUUCUUGGGGAUGGAAUUUGGUGGACAAUCUUCUUCUACAUAAUGGAGAUGCUCAAGGAAAUUAUCCUUUAUUAAAUAAUGCUCCAAAAUAUCAAGUUGGUGAAAGAAUUCGUGUUAUUUUAGAUUGUGAUGACAAUACAUUGUCUUUCGAAAAAAAUUACGAGUUUCUUGGAGUUGCAUUUAGAGGUUUACCAGAUGUAAAAUUAUAUCCAGCAGUGACUGCAGUUUAUGGUAAUACUGAAGUUUCUAUGGUUUAUCUAGGAUCUCCUUUAGAUGGUUAAUAAUAAAUAUUAACAAUGAAUAUAGAUAGAAUAAUAGUUAAUUACAGUAUCAUAAAAUGUCUUCAUUUCAAUUAGCGUUAACUAGAUUUUUUUUAUUUAUAAAAUAAUGCUAGCAUAAAACUUUUUCUUCCAAACAAAUUUAAAUAUUUGUUAUAAUUUAGCAUAAAAAAUUACGGGUCCAAGACUGUUGAAAAAUUUUUUUUUUAUUUCAUUGAAUGAGAUAAUUGAUUUUGUAUAAAUUUUUAAUUGCUAAUUAAUUGUAGCUGAAAAUAUUCAUGAAAAUAGAAUUAUCUACUUUAUAUAACUAAAUAGACCUACAUGUACUGAUCGUGAUCAAUUACUGUUAACAUACAGUUUCAUUGUUCACAUACUUAGAAGAAUAUUCAAUGAUUCCUUUUUGUACUUUGUCUAAUUAAAUUUAGUCCCAAGUUGCCAAAGAGUUGAUAUUUUGAA